GCGCGGCGCCAGAGGGUGCUGCGGUGCCGGCGGCUGCCUCGCCGGGCCCUGGCGCUGCGGCCAUGUCCGGCGCCGGUUUGAAAGUGCGGCAGCAGAGGAGCGGGUUGUAUAUAAAGGCUGACAGACUAAAACAACUGCUUUAGUUGAUUAGUCUCCUUUGUUUCUUAUCUUCUUCGUCGUGCUGAUGAGCCCAGGUGGUAGCGUGGAGCGAACCGGCCUGGUGGAUCCGUUCCCAUCGCUGCACUAGCGCCGCUGAGGUCGCCAUUUUUACCUCCUCCCAGACCCUCCCGGCUGGGCUCGCCGUGCCGCGGAGGGAAGGCGCUUCGCCGGCGGCAGCAGACAGUGUACGGAGCUUAGCUGCGGCAGGGGAGUCGGCCGGGAGGGCGAAGACACACUAGCGCCGUUCCUGCCCGUUGCGUAUGACCGCCCGGUCGUCGCCAGUUUCCUCCAUUGAUUUUGUCUCCGUCCUCCUCUUGGAGGGGUCCCAAGCGCCGUGGGGAGGGGGCACGGGACUCCCGAAAGGAGGGGAAGAAGGUGCUGAGGAGAAGCGGACAAAGAGAGGCUGCCACUGCGGACAGUGGUUCACAUAACGCUAGGGAUCAAAGAAGCACAUGUAACACUUAUGUGGUGCUUGGACCAGUCUUCUGAAAGAAGACUCCAAAAUAAAUUAUCUUCAACCUGUUUAUCCUGGAACUGACUUUUCUUUGGAAAAAAGCUCAACAGAGAAACUUUUCACACUGGAACCAUUAUAAAUAAAUCUAUUUAAAGAACUUGCUACCUGGAGACACUUUUGCAGAGAUUGAGUCCUGCAUUUCAUCUGUGUUUGCACUUCAGACUGUAAACAAUGAGUGAGUUCUGGUUGUGUUUCAACUGUUGUAUUGCAGAACAGCCUCAGCCUAAAAGACGACGGCGGAUUGACCAAAGCAUGAUUGGGAAGCCAACAAACUUUGUUCACACGGCUCAUGUAGGAUCAGGAGACCUAUUCAGUGGAAUGAACUCAGUGAGCUCAAUUCAGAACCAAAUGCAGUCCAAGGGAGGCUAUGGAAGUGGCAUAUCUGCAAGCAUUCAGAUGCAGCUUGUAGACACUCAGGCAGGAUAACCCUAGAGAAACCUUUCCAGUUUAUUUUCCUCUUUUACCUUGGUCACUGCUUUAUGUUCAUGAUGAGAGAAGUGAUGGCUCAUUGUUCACACUUUGUGAUUACUGCACUGAAAAGUUGCUGUUCUGCUCUGAUGAUGCCAUUUAUGAGAUUGGUCCUACUGUGCCUUUCAGUGACAUGCACACAUUGGCCUCCUACCAGUACCAUGGAUGUAGAGCUGUUUAGGAUCAGUUUUAGCUGUUUAUUAAAGCAAAUUAAAGCACCAACCUUAGCUUCCAUCAUCAAUACCUAAUGCACAGCAUUCUGUUACUCCUUAUUCUUUAAAUAUUUUCUCCAAUCAAGUAAUUUUAAAAUAAGUAAGUGUCCAUUACUAUUUUUAAUCUCUCAUUGUUCAUAUCCAUUUUUGAAAGGCCAGUUCCCUGCAAGCACAAAUUAUUAUUUCAUACAAAAUCAUCAUAACAGAUGACCACAUGUUUUGUGGAGCUGUUUUGUGUGGUGGCCUGUUUGGUGCCAGAAAAAAAUUAAAUUGCUUACUGCAGACUGAUGAUACUGUUGUUGGUGAAAAAUUUAGCUGUGGCAUGUCUCAUGCCUGGUUUUGAAAAAGGACUUGUAUCUUAUCUGCUUCAGAGUUAGGUUUUUAUUUUAAGUUUUAUCCAACUGGUCUUGAAAUAAUAAAGAGAAAACUUGCAUUCAUAAGACAUUUGUUAUAAAUGUUCAGUGUAUUUAUUUUGAAAGACUUGACCUCAAGACUGUAAACUGGUGUAGUAUCUAAGUAUUGUGGAAGUGUUUUAGUAUAUUUAAAAAAUAAAAUAAUCAUGUUUGGCUGCUUC